GCGGCCCUCGCCCGCCCCGCCAGGGGGAGCGUCGGCGCCCGACGGCGGCAGCGGGGCCUGGGCGGGCGGCGCAGGGCGGUGGCUCGGCUCGGCGGCUGCCCUCCCGCGUCCCCACCUCCUCCCCGCCCGCCCCCGGCGCGGCCCUGCCCGCCCCCUCCGCCCCCUCCCGCGGCGCCAUGCGCAGACUCAGUUCCUGGAGAAAGAUGGCGACAGCCGAGAAGCAGAAACACGACGGGCGGGUGAAGAUCGGCCACUACAUUCUGGGGGACACGCUGGGGGUCGGCACCUUCGGCAAAGUGAAGGUUGGCAAACAUGAAUUAACUGGGCAUAAAGUGGCUGUGAAGAUACUCAAUCGACAGAAGAUUCGGAGCCUUGAUGUGGUGGGAAAAAUCCGCAGAGAAAUUCAGAACCUCAAGCUUUUCAGGCAUCCUCAUAUAAUUAAACUGUACCAGGUCAUCAGUACACCAUCUGAUAUUUUCAUGGUGAUGGAAUAUGUCUCAGGAGGAGAGCUAUUUGAUUAUAUCUGUAAGAAUGGAAGGAAAUCUGAUGUACCUGGAGUAGUAAGAACAGGCUCCAUGAAGGAGCUGGAUGAAAAAGAAAGUCGACGUCUGUUCCAACAGAUCCUUUCUGGUGUGGAUUAUUGUCACAGGCAUAUGGUGGUCCAUAGAGAUUUGAAACCUGAAAAUGUCCUGCUUGAUGCACACAUGAAUGCAAAGAUAGCUGAUUUUGGUCUUUCAAACAUGAUGUCAGAUGGUGAAUUUUUAAGAACAAGUUGUGGCUCACCCAACUAUGCUGCACCAGAAGUAAUUUCAGGAAGGUUGUAUGCGGGCCCAGAGGUAGAUAUAUGGAGCAGUGGGGUUAUCCUCUAUGCUUUAUUAUGUGGAACCCUUCCAUUUGAUGAUGACCAUGUGCCAACUCUUUUUAAGAAGAUAUGUGAUGGGAUCUUCUAUACCCCUCAAUAUUUAAAUCCUUCUGUGAUUAGCCUUUUGAAACAUAUGCUGCAGGUGGAUCCCAUGAAGAGGGCCACAAUCAAAGAUAUCAGGGAACAUGAAUGGUUUAAACAGGACCUUCCAAAAUAUCUCUUUCCUGAGGACCCAUCAUAUAGUUCAACCAUGAUUGAUGAUGAAGCCUUAAAAGAAGUAUGUGAAAAGUUUGAGUGCUCAGAAGAGGAAGUUCUCAGCUGUCUUUAUAACAGAAAUCACCAGGACCCUUUGGCAGUUGCUUACCAUCUCAUAAUAGAUAACAGGAGAAUAAUGAAUGAAGCCAAAGAUUUCUAUUUGGCGACAAGCCCACCUGAUUCUUUUCUUGAUGAUCACCACCUGACUCGUCCCCAUCCUGAAAGAGUACCAUUCUUGGUUGCUGAAACACCAAGGGCACGCCAUACCCUUGAUGAAUUAAAUCCACAGAAAUCCAAACACCAAGGUGUAAGGAAAGCAAAAUGGCAUUUAGGAAUUAGAAGCCAAAGUCGACCAAAUGAUAUUAUGGCAGAAGUCUGUAGAGCAAUUAAACAAUUGGAUUAUGAAUGGAAGGUUGUAAACCCCUAUUAUUUGCGUGUACGACGGAAGAAUCCUGUGACAAGCACCUACUCCAAAAUGAGUCUACAGUUAUACCAAGUGGAUAGUAGAACUUACCUACUGGAUUUCCGUAGUAUUGAUGAUGAAAUUACAGAAGCCAAAUCAGGGACUGCUACUCCACAGAGAUCGGGAUCAGUUAGCAACUAUCGAUCUUGCCAAAGGAGUGAUUCAGAUGCUGAGACUCAAGGAAAAUCCUCAGAAGUUUCUCUUACCUCAUCUGUGACCUCACUUGACUCUUCUCCUGUUGACCUAACUCCGAGACCUGGAAGUCAUACAAUAGAAUUUUUUGAGAUGUGUGCAAAUCUAAUUAAAAUUCUUGCACAAUAAACCUAAAACUUUGCUUAUUUCUUUGGUAGCAAUAAGCAUGCAUAAUAAGUUGUAGCCAAAUGCUUCCAUUUGUAAUCAAGUUAUACAUAAUUAUAACUGAGGACUGGCAUUUUGGAAUGCAAUUUGCACAGGGAUUGGAACAUGAUUAAUAGUUAAAAGCCUAAUAUGCAGAAAUCAAUUAAGAUCAUUUUGUUGUUCAUUAUGCAGUAUGUAUGUAACAUAAUAUGUAGGUCUCUCAGGCUCAUUUGAUUUUUGGCUAUUUUAUAUUUAGUGUACACAGGGCUUUGAAAUUAUUAAUUUACAUAAAGCCUUCAUAUAUUAUUACAUGUUAUAUAUUUGCUUCAUAAAUUUAUUCAAUAAAUAUUUGCCUAGAAUUC